AUGCCGGUCCCCGAUCUCCCCGUCCUUCCCACCGAGGACUCUCUCCUCACCCAGAAAUUCGGCCGCGAGAUAGCAAACUACUUCUCCGGCAGCCCGCUCAACCGCCUCUCCUUCCUGCGGUCCGACCCCGUCUUCCUGCGCUCUGCCUUCUCCCACCGCCACGCCCGCUUCCUGCUGCUCAACAACCUCCGCCCGCUGGUCCGGUCCGACGACCCGGCCUGUCUCGCCUUCGCCACGUACGCUGACGUGGCGCCGCUGACGGGGCUAGACCCCUUCGCCAAGAGUGAGGAGGAGCAGAUUGCCGAGUACGACUCGAGCCAGGAGCAGGUGGUGAUUGUGUUUCUGGGGAUUGAGGAGGUAGUACUAGGGGAGGAGGAGGAGGUGUUUAAGUAUAGGGACUUUAGCGGGACGCCGUACUUUGCCGUCGACGUCACGCCGCGGGGAAGGGUGGUUGGCGUGGCCGAGGAGUUAUGCCGCGCUAUGGAGGGUAAGGGGUAUGCGUUCCACGACGAGUCGCCGCGGCAUAUGGGGCUGCACGCUGGGCAGGCCGCCAUGUACGGCCAGGCGCGCGCGCUCAUCGACUGGAACACGCGCACGCCCUUUUGCGCGCAGUGCGGACAGCCCACGCUCUCGGUACACGCGGGCACGAAGCGGGUAUGCCCGCCCGCGGACCGCGCCGGCGUUGGCGCCGGGCAGGUGCCGCGCGAGCGCAAGCCGUGCGCGACGCGCGGGACCGUGUCCAACCACAGCUUCCCGCGCACCGACCCGACCGUCAUCAUGGCGGUCAUCAGCGCCGACGGGACCAAGAUCUUGCUCGGGCGGCAGCGGCGCUGGCCCAAGUACUGGUUCAGCACCCUGGCCGGGUUCCAGGAGCCCGGCGAGUCCAUCGAGGAGGCGGUGCGCCGCGAGGUCUGGGAGGAGAGCGGCGUCCGGGUCGGGCGCGUGAUCCUGCACAGCUCACAGCCGUGGCCGUUCCCCGCGAGCUUGAUGAUCGGGGCGAUCGGCCAGGCGCUACCGGGGGAUGGGGAGAAGAUCUACCUGGGCCAUGAUGCGGAGCUCGAGAGCGCAAAGUGGUUCCCCCUGGACGAGGUUAAGGAGGCCUUGCUUACGGGGACCAGCGGGCUGGGUGAGGCGGCGCCGGCGGGGUACAUGGAAGGCGCGCUGAGACUGCCGCCGCAGACGGCGAUUUCAAACCGUUUGAUAACCGCCGUGGUGGAGGGGUGGUUCAUCCCGUCGAGGAUGUAG